GACAUAUUGACUGUGUCCUUAAUAAUCAUGCCAUCUUAUGGGCUGUAUCCAUGAUAUUAACUUGCCGGUUGUAUCCUUAAUAUUGGCUGUAUCCUUAAUAAUCAUUACAUCAAUCCUUCAGAAUCUACAGCGGUAAUGGGUUCCUUGGAGGCCAUAGGAUUUACGAGAACCCAGCUCCUACUUCUAUUAACAAUUGCUUUUUGGGCAAAUCCUGCAAAAACAGAUAUUGGCAAGCAGUGCUCGAGUCAUACGGACUGUCACCCUUAUUUCAGUGAAGAACGCUGCAAGGAUGGGUGGUGCCACUGUAGUAGUAUACAGUACAAUGAAAAUUCUUUGGCUCCUGAAUGUGAUAAACUUGUAAUGUUGUGGAGCAGAUUUUGUUCACUUUUGACUUGUCCAGAUUAUAGUAAAUGUGAAGAGGGAAUAGGUUGUGUGUGUGAUGAAGGAUAUCUCAAGGUUGCUUCUACAUGUAAACAAAGAGUGUUCCAGGAAGUCCUUCAGCCGUGUUACUCUGAAAAUGGGACUGUUUAUAUUUGUGAUCUUAGCCAACACAGCAUCUGUAAUGGAGGGAAAUGUAUAUGUUUUGAUACCUUCUUGCCCAACACAACCAGUGGCCAGUGCGAACCUGAGAAGGAUUUCCUAAUUGCUAAUAAUCUUAACGAGUACCUCGUCACACCUGGCGAAUACUGCAAAUACGAUACACACUGUAUUGAGGGACUGGAGUGUCAGGACAAUGUGUGUUCAUGCCCCAGCUCCUGUACAUACAAGAAGGAAAAGGAAAUAUGUGACUGUGGAGAAUCUGACAGUGCUGUUGCUCCAAUAUGUGUAGGUGUCUUAUCAGGUGUAUUGAUAAUUGGAUUUUGGAUCACAACUAUUAACAGGACAAUUGACAGCCAUAAGCAAAAACAGAAUGUUCAGCAAGUAGAAGAAUCUACUUCAGAGCAAUCAACUCCACGUGCAUAUCCUCUUACUCCGGUUGCUUCUUCAGCACAACCUGAAACAGCUUCAGCACAGAAUACAGGUGUCAUGGAGGUUACAUCAGAGGAAACACAGGCUGAUCAGUUGCCAACAAAAUCAGCAGCACCAUAUCCAAUGACUCCUCUGGCACCACCACCGGCACAGUCCAUAGGCUUUCAGAACCCUGCCUCAAAUCCAGCUGCAUUACCCGAGUGUCCUCCGUACUCUUUUAGCACCCCAGAAGCCCCUAGUUUUGCUCCCACUGCACCUAAUGAACCUCCUCCACCAUACUCUCUUUACCCUUCACAAGAUCAAACCUUACCUUCUUACACUCCUAGUCAGUUUCCUAAUGCCACUGCACCACCUGUUUCAGAAAGUUCGUCAACAAUACCAUGCCCUCCCAAUCCCUCAACUCUACCUUAUCCAUACAUUCCUUGAGGAAGCACCAUACCCUUUAGAAAUCUCUCCCAGAUCUCCAGUAAAGAUUUAUUCAUUGAUGUUACAAUAUAUACCUAAACUAGAUUCAUCUGUAUUCUCAUGUUGCCAUACUGACAAGAAAAAGUAUGUUCUCCAUAUUCAGAGCAAAGAGACUGCUCAUGCAAGGUGGGAAGUUACUGUUCCCAUUUGGAGAAAUAUAGGUGAAGAAAAUGCUUCAUAUCAAUCUGUGUGGUUGCCUGGUGAAGUCCUGCAACAGCUGAGAAAGAACCUAGAAGUUAUAGGUUUUAUCAUUUUAUUAGUUGUUUAAUACAAUGCACACAAGAAAGCCAUGAGUUUUGAUAUUUAAUGACUAUGAUAUUAUUCACUGAGAAUGUUUUGCCUGUAUGAGUUACUAUAAUUUGUAUGUCAUUUACAGGAGACAGCUUCGUAAAUAGACUGUACAACUUCUUACGAUGAUAAACUCAUGAUUAUUUAGGAAGGAGGAAGUUCUUCACAAGCUUUAUAUGCAACUGUAAGUUUAAUCCCAAAGAAUAAUAGUUUUAAAAAAUGACAGAGCUCAGAGUUCUUUAAUGCAGAUUCUGUCCUAACAAGAACACAUUAUAAUAAGUCAGUUUUCCAAAGACUUAUUAAUAGUCUUGCCAGUAGUUUUGAAGGAUAGUGGUGGUGUAAAGUUUAGGAUGCGAGUCAUGAUAAUUUUCUUCAUAUUCCUGCAUAGUCUUUCUGAAAGUUCUUUCAGCUAUCCUAUCAAGAACUCAGUAGUUCCCAUGGAUUAUUAUUAAUUGCUGGAAAGGUCAAAGAGCAGAAAUCAA